UCGAUGGCGGCGUCGUCCGCUCGUAGCUGGUCGCGCCGCCGCCGCCGCCGCCGCGAUUCCCGAUGGACGGAGCUCCGGCUGCGCCCUUGCCGCGAGAAUUCCUCGACUUCCUUGGCGAGAACGGCCUUGACCCUUCGAUCUACGCCGCCGGCGACCGCGUCCCUCGUUACGUGAGGGUGAAACCUGGAAGCGAGUCGUGCCUGCGAGAGCUCGAAGGCGAGCUCGCGUGCGAGCCGGAGACAGUCGAUUGGUUGCCCGGUUUCUAUUCGCUUCCGCCGCGGGUUCAGAUCGCCGGUACAAAAGCGUACCGCGAAGGCAAACUUUAUGGGAUUGAUGCUGCCUCUGGAGCUGCUGUUUUGGCCUUGAGCAUCGCUGAGGGAGAUCACGUGCUCGAUCUUUGCGCUGCUCCCGGUGCUAAACUUUGCAUGAUGCUGGAUGCUCUUGGCGAUUCAGGGUCCGUCACUGGUGUUGAUGUUUCUGAACACCGUUUGGCAGCUUGUAGAACAAUGCUGCAGAAGUAUGCCAUAGGUGACUGGUGCCGAUUGUUUGUUGCUGACGGAACAACGUUUUCUGUCAUUCCUGCUAGGGUUCAUUCCUACAAAUCAUGCAAAUCCACGACAAAUGAAAAGGCUCAAACGUUCCAAGAAUGGACUUCUAGGAGGCCAUGGAAAGAGAGGAAAAGAGCGGCAAAAGCCCGACAAAGUGCUACUUCCAAGUCUCGCCUGGGAUUUCAAUAUCCUGAGAUUAUAUUCUACGGGAAGCAUUCUGGAGUUGUUGGCCUUAUCAAAGAUGACUUGUAUCGGACUGUGUCUGACAAUGAGCUUCUGAACUGCGGCUAUGACAAGGUUCUUGUUGAUGCAGAAUGCACUCAUGAUGGUUCGAUAAGACACAUUCAGAAGUUUGAGCAGUGGGGAUGGGAAACUCUUCAACAACGUGUACUGAAUGCGGAGAGAACCGAUAACCUGACAUUGCUGCAGUUAAAGCUCUUAAUCAAUGGCUUCAGGUUGCUGAAAGUUGGUGGGACACUCGUCUACAGCACUUGCAGUUUGACAGUUGCUCAAAAUGAAGAUGUGGUAGAACAAUUCCUCAAGGAAAACGCAUCUGCUGUGCUGCAGGAGAUUGAUGCUGCGGCAAGUUGGCCCUGCAAGAGUGGUAGGAUACCCAAGACUUUGCGCUUUGAUCCUUCAACUUCUCAAACUAGUGGACUCUUUGUGGCGAAGUUUACAAAAGUUGGCUUGUGACUAGGAGGGAAUUAGACUAAGUUUAUUUAUGAUUCCUGGACCUUAGUGCUCAACACUGCAGUGGUGAUGGAUCGGUAGAUUGUUGUACUUAGUAAUUUGAAGUUUCCAUGAGCUUAGAGCACAGAAAUUUUGUCUUUCUUUUCAGGGAUGAUGCAAAUUGGUGUGAGUUUUUCUAUGCUUGAUAAAACGAUCUUUGAAACUUGAACUUAAAUAGUCAGUUGCACUA